AUGCACGAUAUUGACGGCAUGUAUUUACGAUACCAAUUUGAUGGCCCUUUAGUGAUGACUCCAUCGCCACCUAAUUUUAAUGAACCAAGACUGGGCACAUCAUCAUCUACGCAUUCAGAGCCUCCAUUUCAUUAUGGGCAGGCGAAUCAAAAUGCUUAUUACCAAAAUAGACAAGUAUUAUCAGCCCCACCUUCUAAUAUUAUUAUUCAAUCCAACCGGCUACGUCGUACUCCAGAUUACGAGUAUCCUGUCCUUCAUAUACCAGGGAACCAAGAUGCAAACACAUCUGAUCAUAAGAAUGAUAUAGUUCAGACAGCUUUUGACUUAAUUUAA